AUGUCGUCAUCAGUUGCACCACCUCAUCCGCCAGCAAUCAACUACGUGGCAGGCUUCCUGCUUGUCGGGAUAGCUUGGGGGCUGACGACUCCCUUCAUUCGUCGCGCAGCCAAGACUCACAACCCGCCUGCUCAUCCACUCCUUGAGAGGGACGAUGUCAAGGCGAGCUGGCUGAAGAGCAAGCUUUACGGCACGUUCUUCGCUGUCGUUGACCUGUUGCGAAAUCCCGGAUAUGCCGUACCUCUCUUGAUAAAUCUCACUGGGAGUGUGUGGUUCUUCCUCCUCAUCGGCCAGGCUGAGCUAAGCCUGACCGUUCCUAUUGUAAACACAUUGGCAUUCCUAUUCACUGUACUUGGUGACUGGUGGGUAGAGAAGAAAGUAAUUGAUCGCAAUACAUGGAUUGGCAUGAUAUUGUCAUUGACUGGGAUCGCAUUAUGCGUUCAUAGCAAGUCGUGA